AUUUGCUUGUGUCUCUCGCUUUGAUCUCUGCCUGAUACUUGCUUCAUUCAUAGACUUUUUGCGGCUGGAACUUGCAGUCAGAAUGUCUUACCUGAGGUUGGGGUUGUGCGUCGGAGGGGUUUACUCCAUGUUCCUGUUGUGGGCAAUUGCUCAAGAACGACUAUCUGUUCCUUUUCAACAUAUAGACGGCACCUCCUCUGAGAAGUUCAACUCCCCUCUCUUCAUGGGAACAUGUCAAAGUUUUCUCAGCGCACUCGCCGCCCUUCUCUACAUAUACCUCCGCCGCAAGCCCGGCCAAACACUCCACCAGAUCCUCGGCCUCUUCGACGCCCCCAAGACCACCACUCCCAACGGCGCCGCGAACGGCAAUGCGAGCAUAAAUGGGAGUGCAAAUGGUCACGCAAAGGCGAACGGCCAUACCCAUACCCCCCACGAGAACAAGCGCGAUACCCGGUUCGACACGCGCUCGCUCCUGCUGCGCUACCUCCAGUGCGCGGUCUUGAUCACCUCCGCGGCGCCCUUCGGCUUCGCCGCGCUCUCGUACAUCACGUACCCCGCGAUGGUCCUCGGCAAGUCCUGCAAGCUUGUGCCGGUCAUGAUCAUGAACGUCCUCCUCUACCACCGCAAGUUCGCGCGCCACAAGUACCUCGUCGUCGCGAUGGUCACCCUCGGCAUCACGCUCUUCAUGGGCUUCGGCAAGGAGAAGCCCGGCAAGGCCAAGCCCGGCCGGGGCAGCGCGGGCGCGGGCCAGGAGGGCCCGUCGGCGUACGCGCAGCUCAUCGGCAUUACGUACCUGCUCAUCAACCUGCUCAUCGACGGCGCGACGAACUCGACGCAGGACGAGAUCUUCGCGCGCUACAAGGUGACCGGCCAGCAGAUGAUGUUCUGGAUCAACGUGUUCUGCACCGCGCUCUCAGCCGCGAUCUCCGUCCUGCCGCUGCCGUACGUGCCCGUGCUGCACCCUGCGGCGUCGGGCACGGAGCUCGGCGCGGCGCUCGCGUUCGUGCGCACGCACCCGUCCGUCGUCGGGCCGCUCGCGCAGUUCGCGCUCACGGGCGCGCUGGGACAGCUGUUCAUCUUCGAGACGCUGCAGCAUUUCGGGUCGCUGACGCUCGUGACGAUCACGCUCACGCGGAAACUGUUCACGAUGCUGCUCUCCGUCGUUGUAUACAACCACAAGCUCACGCCUGGGCAGUGGCUCGGCGCGGCGGUGGUCUUCGCGGGUAUCUCUGUCGAGGCGUGGGUGAAGCGGAGAGACGUACACGCGAAGCGCGUGAUACAGGAGAAGGAGAAGGCCCGUAUCAAGGCCCUAUAAUGUUGUACAAUUGUGCGACAGUCCCGAUGGAUGGUAUAAUACUGCUGCUGGAACGUUUUAGCGAACUCCUGCAGUCAUCGCAAUAUCUAAUGAGAAAUUUGGGCAACUAGUCCUCGAACAGUUCAUGUCGGCGCCUAAUAGUGUCGAAUU